UGGGCGUAGAAGAAGACACCGGAGACAACGUCGCCAAAGUGAGUGGUUACAAAGAAACCAACACCGCCUUUUCUAAAAAAAAGUCUGAGUUUUUUUCCGGGGUUUUUUUUUAGGGUCUAAAGAGAGGAUUUAAAACGCGCGUGGACAGGACGUGGAGUGGAGUGUGCCCGUGGGCAGAUGUGAGGUGACACCGGCGAACCAGGAUUAAUUGAGAAAAUAUCAUUGAAAGUGAGUUCCGCGCGAACAGGAAUGGCUUGAUUUGUCGCCCCGGGGAGCGCGGCGGGACGGAUACAGUGAAACACACACACACACACAGAAAGAAGCGGCGCUCAUGUUUCUGUGGAGGAGGAAGAAAGUUUGUUUCGCUUCAUUUGGAUACAACUCGGCUUAAUCUCGUGACGGUUCUCCCUCCGUUGGAGCUGGUCACCAUGUCCAAACCCGCACUGAGGAAAAACCACUGGACCUCCAGAGUGAGCGAGACCUCCGUGGUCAAAGACACCCGCGGGGACGCGAACGUGCCGCUGAGCGGCGGCGCGGAGAAUGGGGAGUUCGCCUACAUCGGCGCUUUGAGCGAGGCGUCGGUGGUGUACGGCAGCGGGGGGUUAAGUGACGGCGAGCUGCUGCUGGAGGUGGAGAACCUCCCCAUGUCUGGAUUACCGCUGUACGACGUCCACACGGUCAUCAACAACUGCAAAGGUCCCGUCAGGUUGAAAACGGUCAGGCCAGGAAGUAAGCUCAACAAGGACCUGAAGCAUUAUCUGAGCCAGCGCUUCCAAAAGUCGUCGCCUGACCACGAUCUCCAGCAAACCAUCCGAGACAACCUCUACCGCCACGCCGUGCCUUGUACAACCCGCGCUCCACGUGAAGGAGAAGUCAGUGGCGUGGACUACAACUUCCUGUCAGUGGAGGAAUUCCUGGAGUUGGAGAAGAGCGGGACCUUGUUAGAAAUCGGAACCUAUGACGGUAACUAUUAUGGGACGCCCAAGCCGCCGGUGCAGCCCCCCGGUGGGAAAGUGAUUAGCAGGAGCGGUAGCGGCGGUGAUGCCCCACUGCCAGACGGGCUCAGUGGAAGCCUGCCGGGCUCACAGCACUCCACACCCCGACGCUCCAAGUCCUACAAUGACAUGCACAAUGCUGGAAUAGGACCCGGAAACCACCACCAGGAGGACGACGAGGACCUCCCUGACAUGAACAGUAGCUUUACAGGAGACUCUAGUGAAUUAGACGAGAUCCAUCACUCGGCGCGUCCCUACAUCCCCCGCCAGAGUGAACCGUCCUACUCUGGGACGACCCCCUCGCCAACGGCCACCACGGAGAGCACACAGCAGACACACCCUCACCUGAGCCAUCCUCCCCCAGAGGACCCGCUGGGACCUCUGCCUGACAACUGGGAGAUGGCCUACACCGAGAACGGGGAGGUCUACUUUAUAGACCACAACACAAAAACCACCUCCUGGAUUGACCCUCGGUGCCUGGACAAGCCUCAGAAACCCCUGGAAGAAUGUGAAGAUGAUGAGGGGGUACACACAGAGGAGCUGGACAAUGACCUUGAGCUUCCACCAGGAUGGGAGAAAAUAGACGAUCCAGUGUACGGGGUCUACUACGUUGAUCAUAUCAACAGGAAGACCCAGUAUGAGCAUCCAGUGCUGGAGGCGAAGAAGCGCAGGCAGCUGGAUCAGCAGCCGCCUCAGCCCCAGAGCCAGCAGCCACCAGAAGGUGAGCGCUACAUCCGAGAAUGGAUCGAGGACUCCACGAUGGCCGGCGCUCCUCUGGCCAGCUACGCUGCCAACCACCAGGAGACGUACAGGGACCCUCCGACCGGACCCCCAGUGCCCAACGCCAUGGGACAAAAACGGGGGAAGCCUUUCUUCACCCGGAACCGGUCCGAGCUGAAGGGGACGUUCAUCAAUACCAAGCUGAAAAAGAGUCGCAGAGGGUUCGGCUUCACUGUCGUCGGGGGCGACGAGCCCGACGAGUUCCUGCAGAUAAAGAGCCUGGUCCUGGACGGACCUGCGGCCCUCGACGGCAAGAUGGAGACAGGUGACGUGAUUGUGAGUGUCAAUGACACGUGUGUGCUCGGCUACACCCACGCCCAAGUCGUAAAGAUCUUCCAGUCGAUCCCCAUCGGCUCCAUGGUCAACCUGGAGCUAUGCCGUGGCUACCCGCUGCCCUUCGACCCCGACGACCCCAACACCAGCUUGGUUACCUCAGUGGCUAUCCUUGAAAACAAAGAGCCCAUCAUCGUCAACGGCCAGGAGGCGCCCAACAGCUACGACUCACCGUCCAGCCACGGCAGCCAGAACAACAACAACGGCUCGACGAACGGCAUGGCGCCCCUGAAUGGCCUCCCGCGGGCCCACAGCCCCACCGCCGAGGUGGCGUCCGAUACCUCCUCCCAACACGGCUACCCCAGCGACGUGGUCACCCUGGCCUCGUCCAUCGCCACACAGCCAGAGCUCAUCACCGUACACAUGGAGAAAGGAGACAAGGGCUUCGGCUUCACCAUCGCCGACAGUCCCGGCGGUGGCGGGCAGAGAGUGAAGCAGAUCGUGGACUACCCUCGCUGCCGCGGCCUCAGGGAGGGCGACAUCAUCGUGGAGGUGAACAAGAGGAACGUGCAGAGCAUGUCUCACAACCAGGUCGUCGACCUGCUGAGCAAGUGUCCCAAAGGCAGCGAGGUUACCAUGCUGGUGCAGAGAGGGGUGGCACCUGCGAAGAAGAGCCCCAAACUGGAUCAUUUUCAGAUGGCCCCUCCGUACAGAGAUUACACUCGGAGGCAGUUAUCACGGAAGGACAGUCAGAACAGCUCGCAGCACAGUGUUUCCAGCCACCGGAGCGCCCACACAGACUCGCCCGCACACACGUCGCUGGCGGCUCCUCUCAGCGAGAGCGCCGCUCCCCCGCCUCCCUCUCAGCCUCUGCCAGGUCUGCCGCCCCAGGACUCCCCGGCAGACGGCACCAUCCAGAGAAAACCGGACCCUUUUAAGAUCUGGGCCCAGUCCAGGAGCAUGUAUGAAAGUAGGCUUCCAGACUUCCAGGAGCAGGACAUCUUCCUGUGGAGGAAGGACACAGGUUUCGGUUUCAGGAUCCUCGGAGGGAACGAGGCGGGUGAACCUAUCUACAUCGGCCACAUCGUGAAGUACGGCGCCGCCGACGAGGACGGCCGCCUGCGCUCCGGCGACGAGCUGAUCUGCGUGGACGGCACGGCGGUCGUGGGCAAGUCGCACCAGCUGGUGGUGCAGCUGAUGCAGCAGGCGGCCAAGCAGGGCCACGUCAACCUCACCGUUCGGCGCAAGACCAGCUACAGCGUCAAAGCAGAGGGCGACGUGCCUCCAUCGCCGGCCUCCUCCCACCACAGCAGCACACAGGCGCCCAGCCUGACGGAGGAGAUCGGGAAGCGAACCCUGCAGGGCAGCCAGAACUCCCUCAACACUGUCAGCUCCGGCAGCGGCUCCACCUCCGGUAUCGGCAGCGGUGGCGGAGGGGGAGGUGGAGGAGGAGGCGUGGGCGCCAGCGGUAACGCCGUCGUCUCGGCCGCAGCUGCCACCACAUCCUCGCAGCCCCUCAACGCCACGCCCAACGCAACAUCCGCCACUGCGGCCUCCUCCUCGUCCACCCUGCAGCCCUACGACGUGGAGAUCCGCCGCGGUGAGAACGAAGGCUUCGGCUUCGUCAUAGUUUCGUCCGUGUCGCGGCCUGAAGCCGGCACCACCUUUGCUGGAAAUGCAUGUGUGGCCAUGCCCCACAAAAUAGGACGCAUCAUCGAGGGGAGCCCGGCGGACCGAUGCGGGAAGCUAAAGGUCGGCGACCGGAUCCUGGCGGUGAACAGCUGCUCCAUCACCAACAAGUCGCAUUCCGAUAUCGUCAACCUCAUCAAGGAGGCCGGGAACACCGUCACGCUACGCAUCAUUCCCGGAGACGAGUCGUCAAACGCGUCGUUGUUGACCAACGCGGAGAAGAUCGCCACCAUCACCACCACGCACACGCCUCAGCAGCAGGCGGCACCUGAGGCCAGGAACAACACCAAACCAAAACAAGAGACGUUUGACUACAAACCCCCGCAGGGACCUCCACCACAGCCCCCGACACAAGUCUCAACCCAGGAUGCCGAGUUCUACUCCGUGGACCUGGAGCGAGACAACAAGGGCUUCGGUUUCAGCCUGCGAGGAGGAAGAGAAUACAACAUGGACCUGUACGUGCUGAGGUUGGCCGAGGAAGGAGCGGCCGUACGCAACGGAAAGAUGAGGGUCGGCGACGAAAUCCUGGAGAUCAACGGCGAGAGCACGAAGGGCAUGAAGCACGCGCGCGCCAUCGAGCUCAUCAAGAGCGGAGGCCGCCGCGUCCACCUGGUGCUCAAGAGGGGUGACGGCUCUGUGCCUGAAUAUGACGGCAGCCCUAACGACGGCAGCGCAGCCAACCCAGCCGCAGGGCUACAAAACGCUGCGGAAGUGAGCACCGUGCCCCCAAUCGACGAGCCAUCGGAGUUAAGCUACCCACCAGAACCCCAACAACCAUCCCACAGAAAGAAGGAGUCGAGCCACACACGCGCCGGCAAGCAUCACCAUUCCAACCACCGCCACAGCUCCCCGCACAAGAAAACCAGCACAGGAAGACACAAGGAGAGGAAGUCCAAGGGGAAGGACCCGUUUGCGGUAUUUCGAAAGAAGGACAAGGGAAGUGACGGCCGCCACCACCACCAUUCCAGCGGACACCACCGUGGUCGCCACCGCUCGCCUGACAGGAAGCAUGGCCGCUCUCGCAGCGCAGAAAACACCCUCAACAGCCGCCCCGCAGGACAGGGACACCGGAGUGGUCGCUCUCCAGACAGACACCAAGGGCACAACCGCCGCCGCUCCCCUUACCGCUCACCCUAUCGCUCGCCUCACCGCUCACCUCGCCGCUCUCCGUACCGCCACAGAUCCCCCCACCGCACUCGCCAUCACUCUCCCACAAGACGCCACGCCCACUCCUCAGACCCGUACCGCCGGUAUGUCUCCCCCGAGAGACAGAGCCGCGGCAACGAGAAGCCCAACGGGGUGGAGGCCGUGUUGAAGGAGCCACCCAAGUCUCCUGACCUCAGCUUCCCGUUUGAGGACAGCGUCCUGCGUGAGCCACCGGCUCUGGACCGCCUGAACGACAGCGCCACACUGCCGUCACGCCUGUAUGGGGAGGACAGCCUGUUGAAGAGAGCGUCCUCCAUAGAGAGACCCUACAGGGGGGAAACCCUGCUGAGAGAAGUGGCGUCCCGGGGCCUGAGAGACAACUACAAAGACAACACCCUGCCCAGAGUGCGCACCCCGCCCAGAGUGCGCACCCCAGAAUCGGAUUCGGCCUACAAGAGGUACAGCUCGCUGCUGAGGGGGCGCUCGCCCGAGAGGAAGGAGAGGGAGGGCGGCUACGCCAGCCGAGGCAGCACGCCAGAGCCACGGUACCGAGCGCACAGCGUGGGACGAGACAUCUCCCCGGUCAGGAGCCUCCGCAGAGACGACUCGGAGGACGAAGAGGACGACGACAACUUUGUAGCGGAGAAAGUGAGGGAGUACUACAGCACGCUGAGGAGCAACGACAGCCACGUGUCCAAGCCCACGUUCCCCGAACCCAAGAGGACCUACAAGGGGAACCCCAAAGACCUGAGCAUCUGAUGGGACGACAUGAGCCAUUCACAGCUAGACCCACAAUGCACCUCAAGAACUCACUCACAUGACCACAGAAAUACACACACACACACACACACAUUAUGUACCAAUGUUGAGUUACGAACAAGACGGUGAUUCCACGGUGAUUUUUGAAGGCAGUUUUUUUAAUUGUACGUUUAUUUUCCUUCCUUGUUUUUUUUGUUAAAACAUUCUACAUUUACAGUAACUCAAGAGACUUUUCCAGAAAAAUGUAAAACCAUAAAAAAACAAUGAUGUGCCUAACAGUUCCAUUAACGAGUGAAUUUUUCUUUAUUUUUUGCUGGGUUUUUUGGGAUUUGAUAAAGUGGCAGGCGAUUUGUGACGCACUGUCAGAAAAGUGAGAGAAAUGUCAUACGUACUUUUUCCACGAGGAUCCCAUGGAAGUUCCGCACACCUGGACCACUGGAACCGGAGCUCACAAUGACGCUGUGCAUGUCUUUACCGGUUUCAAUGUCUCUCUCUAAACCCCCCCCCCCCCCCUCCCCCUCUCUCUCCAGUGCCACUGUUUUUUAGACAUUCGACCAGACUAUAGCACAAGCCUGCAUUUGUUUGUAUAUUUUUGACAGUUUGCAGUACGUGUACAUUCAGAGGUGACCAUUUUAAUGAAUGAAGGGGAAAUUAAAAGUUAAACUAUGAUGAUGUUAAAAUAAAAUAAUAUAUUCAACAAA